GGGAAGUGUCAGUAGUUGUAGAUGGGCGGGCUCUAAUUUUAUCAGGUGGAGAGGGCCAAGUAGUGGUGGCAAAGCGGAAAGAAAAUGGCGGCCGUGGCUGCGGAGCCAGGAGCUGCUGCUGCGGCAUCAACAACAACAGCGGGGGACGGACUGGAAUACGAACCCGAGCCAGGAGAGCAUGUGGCCGACCUAGAGGUCCAAUCGUCGCAGGACUUCGACCCGGAAAUGGAGCUUUGUCACCAACCCACGGUUGUGGAUGCAGUUCAGAUAUGCAGCCAGGUCCAGAUGGAAAUUAGAAGGCCGGACAUUCAAGCCGCGGGAAAAGCCCUCGUUGCCCAUGCGGACGGUGAGCUCGCCGAGACGGCGGGGUCCUGGGGGUGCGUGGAUGCAAUUGAGCAGCCCGUGCUGAUGGACUACAUGUAUACAGGCGUUUCUGAGUACGGGGAGCGCUUGAAAGAGCCCGUAAACGAGGUCAGCAGCCCAUGCCUUCUCCCCGACUCCCAGCCCUCCGUGGUCUUCUUGCAUUCCCUGCCCGUUCAUCAGUCGGAACCUGAGCCUGGACUGUCCCUUGCCGAGCCAGCCGAACCGACAGUCGAAUACGACUCGAAUCCCGAAUCAACACAUCAUACUGACCUAGAGUGUGAACUGAUAGGCUUCACGCGGCCGGACACAGAGCCCGAACCUGCAAAUGAUGCUCCCGGGUCCGAACCUCAUGAGGAUGCUUUCCACGACAUCCGUCACACGUCAGAUAAUCUGGAAUCUCUGUCCAACGCGGAGGGCACCUCGCUGGGACAGAGCUGCAUUAGUGACUUUUCUACUGUCUCCAGCAAGGAUUCUCCUGAACUUCCAGCCCUGGCGGUGGAUCAGUCGCUCAUCUCAUCGUCAGAAACAGAGGAGGUGCGCUCGUCGCAUCCUUCACAUCAGCGAACGGACCUCCGUGAACCUGAGAGGACAGAGGAGUCGGAGACGAAACCCCCGGCUCUGUGUCCUGGGUAUGACACGGUGGACCGCCUGGUGCUCGGCUCAGAGGUUCGAGUCUCACUGGAUCACAUCAUCGAUGAUGCGCUCGUGGUGUCGUUUCGCUUGGGCGAGAAGAUCUUCUCCGGGGUGCUCAUGGACCUUUCGAAAAGGUUUGGACCUUAUGGAAUACCCAUAACUGUGUUCCCCAAGAGAGAGUAUAAGGACAAACCAGAAUCUAUGCAGCUAAAGACGGAAGCAUUCCAAUCAGAGACAGAUAAGGGUGUCGCUCUUGGACAUACUGAUGCCCCAGUUAAGGACCCUGCAAAUGCUGCUGAAGCCCCUUGGAAGAACCCUGCUGAGGCUCCUGUAGUGCCCCAGCCCUGUCCCAAUCCUCAACCCCACCCAUGGACUUCAAAACCACCUCCCUUGUUUCAGGAGGGGGCCCCUUAUCCACCUCCAUUGUUCAUCAGGGACACCUACAACCAGUCGUUACCUCAGCCUCUGCCCCGCAAAAUCAAGCGGCCCAAGCGUAGGCUGUAUAGAGAAGAGCCCACUUCUAUAAUGAAUGCCAUCAAGCUCAGACCAAGACAAGUUCUGUGUGACAAAUGUAAAGGGGCUGUGGUGCAAGGGGACAAGCGUGAGACACGCAGAGGCCCCAUCUCAGACUGCCGGAGUGACGAUGCCAAAAGAAGGCGCAAUGACAACACAACGGCAGCCACUGGUAAACGGCCCCGUAGCGACCCGCGCUCUGAUGAGAAGAGUCGUGGUACUGAUGGGCCCAAGCGGCAGUCCUCCAAUCUAGGUCAUAGUCAAGUCAAAGGUGCAGCUGCAGGAAGCAAAGUGGUGAAAGGGGUGCCCAUUACAACAUCCUCCUCGGUCAAUUCCCGAGUGCAGCUCAAUGCCAAAAAAGUGCUUCAGAGCAAAAAUGUUGACCAUUCCAAAGCACGAGAGGUGCUGAAGAUGGCCAAGGCUCAGAGAAGACUGAGCGAGACAGUCACAGGCAGCAGUGGGAACUCCAAGGCCAUGACCAGGGCUGCUGCUCUCCAGGAAGCCAACCAGAAGGUCCACUUCACAAGACGAUUGCAGCAGAUCAGUGGAGGAGGUCCAGGUUCCAACCCCCUGCCACCCAGGAUGCGCAUCAAGCCCCAAAGGUACCGUAAUGAAGAAAACGAUUCUUCAUGUACACUGCUUAAACAAGCUGUGCCCCGCUGUACCUCCACACGCUCCUCCUCCUCCUCUGCAAGCCAAGCUGCCACCGCUGUAGAGCCCCAGAAGCCAGACAGAGCACUUCAAUCCCUACUGAGCCAGGCCGAACCUGAGUCCCAACCACAAGUCCUCCCAGCCGCGGAAUACAGCGAACCCCAGGCUGAGCCAGAGGAACAGGAGGGGCAGGAGGAAAAGCGGGAGACGCGCAGGAGCAAGGCUAGCAACCUAGUGGUCUACAUGACCCUUAACUCCAGCCAGCCUGACUCCUCUAGUACCUCCAUGUGCAGCAUUGAUAGUGCAGAUGACUUAAAAUCCUCAAACUCUGAGUGUAGCUCUACCGAAACAUUUGAAUUCCCCCCUCCCGGAGAUUUGCGAUCGGCCCCUGCCCCUGGCACAUCCUCCACUUUCGCCUCUGCCUCUCCCUCUGCUCCUAAGGACGUCAAAAAGCAUAGUAAAUCCCUCAAAGCUACCGUCUUUUCCAAAAACGUCUCAAAGUGUGUUGCCCUGGAUGGCAGGACAAUUUGUGUAGGGGACAUUGUUUGGGCCAAAAUCCUUGGCUUCCCCUGGUGGCCUGCCCGCAUCCUAGCCAUCACAGUGAGUCGCAAAGAUAAUGGGCUUUUAGUCAGGCAGGAGGCCCGAGUCUCCUGGUUUGGGUCACCCACCACUUCAUUCCUGGCAAUUACUCAACUUGCACCAUUUCUAGAAAAUUUCCAGUCUCGCUUUGACAAGAAGAGAAAGGGCCUGUAUCGUAAAGCCAUCACAGAGGCAGCCAAGGCUGCCAAGCAGCUCACUCCUGAGGUUCGAGCCUUGCUAACUCAGUUUGAGACGUGAGGUAUUGUACCUUGACAAGGUAGUCAAAACAGACACCCUAGUUGGCCCCGUACCCCUUCUGAAACCUCUCAAACUUUGCUGUACUCAUGUCAGCCUCCAGAGUGAAACCCAGAAUGCUUCAAAUACAAAUGUAUUUUUGUUGAAAAGGCAAGAGGGGGUUUGAGUUUAUUAACUGAAAGAAAACGAUUGAAAUGUUGAGUGUCCGAUGUUUGCCACUAUGUAACCUUCCUUUUGAUCCUGGCUUAUUAGAGUAUGAUAAUUAUACUUAAAUCAGAUGAAAGAGAAUUUUAGAUCAAGUUUUAUGGGUUAAUAAAUUCCAUUUAAAAUUAGACAGUUGUGAAAAUGUCUGCCAAUGUACCCAUUCAAAAAUUAUUAACCUAAUGACUGUUACAAGUCGACUGCUACUUUGAGAUACAGUGAGCACAGGGAUAUUUCUGUCCUUCUGGAUUCCUACCUUAACACAGUUAAUGCUUCCAUUAGGAUGAUAAGAGAAAGUGUUAUAGGUUCACAGUGCCACAUCAUCCUUCCUGCAUUUGUUCAGUGUUAUAAAGAAUUUGGACCUUCUCGGUCCAAUCUCCCUAAAAUGUAAUGAUCUAGAGUCUUUUUUUGUUUCUUUUAACAUUGAAAGGUAGUGCAAAUGGAAAAGAUGGCUCUAUUGGGUACAGAGUGUCUCGCUCAGGUAGAAAAAGGGAACUGAAUUGGUGCUGACCUUUCUCAGACUUUGAGACAACUAAUCCAAGUCCAGUGAAUUGAGCAGACGGCUGUUGAUCUGGGUGUGGCUCUUUGCCAGCCGUGGCUUUGCAGGCAGUUGAGCUAGUGUUAAAAAGGAGGUGCCUGUAAGCUGAAGUCACCUCAAGUGCCACUGUGAGGAGAGCACAGUGACUCUGUAAACACUGAGUACAACCUCAGACACAGAGAAACCUACCAGCCUAUCUGUGCAUCGUCUAAACCCCCCCCCCCCCCCCAAAGCUCAUUCCUCCCUAAUCUUCUUGCCCUGUUCACAGAUUCUUUCCUCCACUUGGUUUGCUCUCCCUCCUGCUGGUGUCAUAUGUUUAUGUCGUAGACUGUUUUUUAUAUAUAUGUCUGAUUUUCACAAAAAUGUUCCUGUUGUUCAGCCAACCCAUCGGCCACCCCUGACUUGUCUUUUGCAUGGAUUUUGGAGUGCAAUGUGUUUUAAAUUCAUGGUAUAAUGAGCAUUUAUUUGAUGGCACCAUAUGUUUAUCCAAUUUAGGCUUAUCACAUCAAGACAAGAACUCUCAUUUUUGAUCUAGCUGCAAUUGAUUGCCAAAAUUGUAUAUGAUUAUAAGUUCAAAUAACUAACAAAAUGAAACACUCAUCGGCUGUGGUGUCCUGCUGCAAAAGUGGGGCAUUGGAGCACAAGGCAGCAGUUGUGAAUGAGUUAUGUGUUCAUUAUAAUUAUGGGCCAGAGCCUCUGGCUUGUUUAGUUGUUGAGUGAUUAUUCAGUUUCCAGUAUUCAUUGUCUCUCAGCUGAAAUGUUUUGCUAAGGAUUAUUGUGUUUUAAAUUUAUUUGUUGUGCCUGAACUUUAUUUUCUAUAAUUUCACUAUUUGCAAAAUAGGGCUAAAGGUCUGGAGUACACAUUUGUAUGUAUAGUGUGAAAAAUGUAUGUUGCCUGGAUAAUUGGAAGAAGAAUGGCCUGAAUCUUAUUUUCAGUGCUGAGAACAUGUGAUUUUAUUAGUGUGGACGAGCAUUAUUUUUAUUUUAUUUUUUGUUCUUAUCUGUAAAGAUAGUUAUGUCCUUGCAUUGCAUACCCAUUAGCAUCUUAAACUGUUCAGUUAUAUGUACACAUCUGAGAAGGGGCAUACUGUAAGAUAGCCUGGUCUUUCCACAUAUGACUUAGCAGGUACAGAUCAAUGGCUUGAGAAGAAAAAAAAACCAAUGCUUGCUAGACCACAUUGACUGACAGAGUAAAAAGGUAUUUAUUUGGUUGUUGGCUUUGUUUCAUUUCAAUAUCUUAUUUUUUACUUUUAUUAUUUCUAUCUGUUUGCAGGUCAGAGAAUGCUGUAAACCCAUUGAAAAAAAUACCAGUUGAAGAUAUUGUGUACAUGUUUUCUGAUGUUUUAAGAGUAUAUAAAUAAACU